AUGCUCUGGUCAGUUGCUGUCAGCCUUGGACAGCUCUGCGACGCCCUGCAUGCUACCACGAUCAAUCUUUAUCUUAAAACUGAGGAGGAGUCUGGGCCGGGAUGGGCGCAAGGACAGGGCGUGAGGGGCAUUGGGGAGGGAGGGGCGGGGACUGGACGGGCCGGUAGCGGCGUGGGGGCGGUUGAGCGGGCGUUGGCGGAAAUGGAAGGGAAAGGUGCGCCGACAGGGGAAGAUGCGCCUGCAGGGGAACGUGGGGGGGUGAUAGGAAGGGGUGUAAUGGAAGGUCGUGGAAUGGAGGGGCGUGGAAUUAGGGAUGUUGGGACAGAGCAGCGUGGGAUGGGAAGCAGUGGGAUGGGAGGGAUUGGGAUGGGUCAGACCAUGGGGGUCGGGCAGUUUGAACACGGGAGGGAGAGGGCGAGGGAGGUGGCGGAGGAAGGGGAGGGUGUGCUGAAGGGGGGUUAUGGGCAGGUGAAGGUCGGUGCGGGGAAGGCUGUGGAAGGGGCUGAAGGGAUGGUGACUAAAACGGGCGAGCAGGGCAUGAGGAUGGGGCAGGGUGUGAUUGAAACGGGGGAGAGUAUGGUGAAGAUGGGCCUGAGUGCUGCUGAACGUGCUGCAGAGACGGGCGUGGGUGUGGCUAAGGGGGUUGCGGGUACAGGGUUUACGGUUGCUGAAAGUGCAUUCGAAACUGGGAAGGGUUUAGGGGAGAAGGCUCUGGAAACCGGGAAGGAAGUGGGGGGGAGAGUGGCGGAGACGGCAGGGAGGUGGGUUCCUGGAAUGCCGUUUGGGGAGCAGGGGGAGGAGAGGACAGGAGAGGCGUUUGAGAGGGGGAAGGAGAAUGUGAGGAGUGUGGGAGAGAGGGUAGAGGAGGGGGUGAAGGGGGUGGUUGGGACUGGGGUUAGGACUGCUGCGACUGCUGGGAGGUGGGUGACUGGUGUGGGAAGGCCAGGUAGAAGUGAGGAGGAGGGGAGAGGCGGGGCGAGUGGAGGGAAAGGUGGUGUGAGUGAGAUGGGAGGAACUGGUGGGGAGGGGCAGGAGGAGGGGGCAUACGAGAGGGGUAAAGAGGCUUUGAAGGGAGGGCUGGGGCAGGUGGAGGGGCAGGUGAGGGGGAUGGUUGGCCUGGGCUCUUGUGGUGGUGCUGGGGUGAGUACUGGUGGUGAGGCUGCUGGUAGGGAGAGUGGCGGUGGGGUUGGUAUGAUGGGUGUUGGAGGAGGGGUUGGAAGCGGUGAGAGUGGGUGGGGAGGGGCGGGAGAGCGAGGCGAGCAGGCUGAGCGCGAAAUGCGGGCGAAGGAGCGAGAGAUUCGUCAAUCCGGCCGCCCAGAAAUGACUGCAACAACAGGGAAAGACACCUUCCCGCAGAAAGCCUACGAAGCAGCACAGGAGGGGGCGGAGAUCACGAGGCAGCAGGCAGGGGAGAUGGCCGGUCAAGCAGGGGAGAUGGCCGGUCAAGCAGGGGAGAUGGCCGGUCAAGCAGGGGAGGUGGCCGGGCGUGUGCCGGAGAAGGGGAAGGAGCUGGGGGAGAAGGCGAUGGAGGUGGUGCAGGAAGCAGGGCAGGUGGGGAUGCAGCAAGCCAAGGAGGCGGGUUCGGUUGCUAGUCAGGUGAUUCGCCAGGCGUAUCGCAAGUGGAUGGGUGCUGUGGAGGAGGAGGGCGAGGAGGAGGAGGAAGAGGAGGGGAAGGCAGUGGGAAUGGAAGGUGUGGGGGCGGCAGGAGAGGGAGGAGGUGGUGCUAUGGAGGGAGUCACAGGAACGCUUGCAGCCGGCUACCGCCAGGCAAAGCAGGCAGCGCAAGCAGGGCUGGAGACAGGGCAGCAGGUGGCAGGUGGAGCAGUGGAGCGAGCCAAGCACCUCGCUGCUCCCGUGAUUCCUGGUCUCAAGUCAUCUACAACUUACAAGGGAGGCCCAGGAAUGCAAACCCGUGCAGCUGCUGGUGUUGGGGGUGCUGGGGGUGAGAGGGGUGUGGUGGAGCGAGAGGGUUCUGCGUAUGAGGCAGGAAAGGAGUAUGUGAAACGGACCCUUGGAGGGAUUGCGGGAGGUACAGGGAGGGAGACAGGAGCAGAAGCAGGGGAGAUGACUGGAACUGGCGUCCAGGCCAGGGACGUGGCACAAGCGGGGCUGCAGUCAGGACAGCAGCUGGCAGGAGGGGCGGUGCAGCAGGCGAAGCACCUCGUUGCUCCCAUCCUCCCAGGCGGGGCAAGUGGCGCGGGUGCAGGAACGGGUGCGAGUGGUGUGACGGGGCGAGAGGGAGGUGCAGAGCGGGAGGAGCGAGGGCAGCAGCUAGGGGUUGGGGUGGUGCAGCAAAUGAGGCACCUCGUUGCGCCCAUCCUCCCGGGCGGGGCAAGUGGCGCGGGUGGAGGAACAGGUGUGAGUGGUGUGAUGGGGCGAGCGACGGGUGAGGAGUGUGAGGCAUCUGCAUAUGAAGCAGGGAAAGAGCGGGUGAAAAGCGCUCUGGAAGGGAUCGCAGGAGGAACAAGGAGUGGGACAGGAGUGCGGGCAGGAGGUGAAACGCUGAGAUCUCAAUCGGGAGCUGGGGGGUAUACACCUGGGGUUGAAACCCGCACCUCUGGGACCCCCUCUGCUGGCCCAGGGGCAAUCCCUGGGGCAGGACUUGUGACGGGUGUUGCUGACGUGGCACGGCGGGCUGUGGGGACCACAGUGGACACGGCGAGAGGCGCGGCAGGAACAGUAGGAGAUACGGCAAGUAGGACGGUGGGAGCGACAACGGAAACUGCUAGGCAGGCGGUGGGAGCGACAACGGAAACAGCGAGAGGUGUGGUUGGGAAGAUGGUGGGGAUGGGGGAGGAGGUUGCUGGGAGGGGGUAUGGAGCGGUAGAGGGGACGGUUGGAGGGGUGGUGGAGGGUGUGAGGCGGAUGACUGGGCUGGGUGGGAAGGGGGGAGAGGUGGAAGGGGAGAUGGGGAGGGAGAGGAUGGGCAUGGGAGAGAGUGAAAUGAAAGGGGUGAGUAGGGGAGAGGGUGGGAGGGAGGGUGUUAUGGGUACAGUGAAGGGCGUUGGGGAGCAAGUGAAACACUUGGUGCUGGGAGGGGAGGAAGGCGGGAUGAUGGAAGGUGGGGGGACGACUGAAGGGAGGGAGAGGAUGGAGCAGAUGGAGCGAGAGAGGGAGGAGGAGAGUGCGAGGGAGAGGGGCAGGAAGCAGGCGUAUGCGGUUCUGCACGGUGCAGAGGAGUGGGUGGAGGGGACAGUGAGUCGUGUGGCUGGGGUGCUGACUGGGGGGUUGUUGGGGGGAAAGGGGCAUGGGGAGAGGGCAGGAGUUGGUGCUGAGGAGAUGGGAGGAAGGGAAGGUGGGGAGGGGAUGGGGACGAAGAUGCAGGGAUUGAUGCAGGGGAGAGGCAUGGGGGGAGGCAUGGGGGAAGGUGUGGGGCAAGGCGUGGGGGGAGAGGGAACUGGAGUUACCAGGGGAGGGAUGGGUGUAGGGGAGGAAGUUUCUGGGAAGCCUGUGGAGUCGAGCAAGGGAAUCUUGGGCAGUGCAGUAGGGGCGGUGCAGACUGUGGUUGGUGGCACUGCUGACGUGGCAAAGCAUGCUGCUGAGUCAGCUCUGGGAGCUACCAAGGCUGUGGGGGGAGUAGUGGUGGGAGCAGGGGGGAGUGCGCUGGGAAUGGGGCAGAGGGGGGUGCAGCAGGGGGUUGAAGGGGUGGGGAGUGGUGUUCAGUAUGGGAGGGAGAGCCUGGAGAAGGGGUAUGAGGGGGCGAAGCAGGGUGUAACAGCAGGGUAUGAAGGGGUGACUGGGGGUGUCACAGGGUUGGUGGAACGGGCGAAGCAUCUGGUGGGGCUGGGCGGGGUACAGGGUCAAGGGGGAGAGGAGGCUGGAGGGGAAGGAACAGUGAGGGGAGGGGAGAGGGAGGAGGAGAGUUCUGCAGAGAAGGGCAGGCAUGCAGUGCUGUCGGUGCUGGAAGGAGCUGAGAGGAGGGCGCUGGGUGCUGUGAGCACGGUUACUGGAGGGUUCAUUGGUGGGGGAGGGGUUGAGUACGCAGAGGCUGAGCGAGCCUCUGCUACUGGUGCUGGUAGUGUUACCACUGGUGCUGGUGCUGGUGCUGGUGCUGGUGCUGGGGGUGGGGGCGUGGCAAGGCAGCAGGCAGCAGCAGGGAUGCCUGUGUCUGCAGCAGGGGAGGGGGAGGCUAGUGCAGUGGUGUCUGGGCCAGGAGGGAAGGUGGCAGCAGUGGGAACAUCCGAAGCAGUGGAGGAGGCAGCACGGCCAGUCAUGGAGCCAGGCGCGUGA